AUGAAAUCAUCACUUGUAACAAAGAAUGGACACAGAACCAAAAAAAACUCUGACCAUAACUCUAAGUUUAGUUAUUCAUCUUGUAAGUCUUGUCUCACAAGUGUAAUUUAUUUUUCAUUAUAACAAGGAACGUUAAACUUAAGUUAAAGCUACAUUAAAAGUCUUGUAUGAAAUGAGAGAAGAUCAAUCAAGUAAAUUAGCAGUGAAGUUUACAUAACUUCAAAUUUCUUUGGCUACCUAGUCAAUUAUUCAUUUAAUCUCUAAAUUCAAGUUUGCUAAAUUGUAGACAUAUUUAAGGAUUCUUAUAUAGGAUAGCAUUAUCAGACAACCAUCUCUAUAUGCGAUUGAAUCUAUUUCAUUACCUAAAGAUAUUGAUGAUUUUUUAUUAAUAUAGAUUAAACAUAAACCUGAAUAUAAAUAACGUCAUCAUUUUAAAACACAAAAAGGAUGGAUUCUUAUGUAAACUCUAAAUAAAUUGAAGCAAAAAUAUAACGGUUUUUAUUUUAACUCAUUAAUAAACAUAUUAAAUUAUGCAAAGGAACUAAGAAAAUUUACAAAUUCAUCAUAAAAUAUAUUAAAUAAUAAUAAUGUCGAUCAUUAUUUUUUUUUAUGUAAUUUAAAUAGAAUUAUUUGUUGCAAUAUAAUUGGAAGGAUAUUGACUAAGCUUAAUUAUAAUUAAUAUAAAAAUAAUAUAGUAGUAUUGAAGUAAACUCAAUUAAGGAAUAAUUGGCAAUUAAAUUAGCAAGUACAACCAUUUUUACAUCACUUUUAAAUGAAAUAUAUAGAAAAAUGA